AUGUUACUUCUACUAUCUCGUCCUCCUCUUCCUCCUCAUCCUCAUCGUCAUCAUCGACAGUGCAGCCAGCCAAUAAUCUUCUCGCACCCCAUCUCGAGCAAGACAAACUUCAGCAUCAGACAAUACACCUUAGCAAUAGUCCAGAGCAGAUCAUUAACAAUCAGUCUCAAUCUCAUUUUCAACAACAGUCGUCCUCGUCGACGACGGCCUCGACAAAUCUUAACGCGAGUGCGACACAGACGACGAGCAGUGCUGCACAACAGCUGCAGCAGGCCCCAGCGCCAGAGGAUGACGAGGCACCUGCUGACACUGCCUCACUGCCGUCGUCCACCACGCACUCUCAACCGGCAUCGCCGGCUAAAAAUCCGGAUGCCCUUAACGAAUUCGACAGUGAUAUGCCUCCUGAAACUCAUCACGACACAGAUUCACCAACUGUUCCACCAGAUCCUGUUGUUUCGAGAGACACAGAACCACCACCUCCAGGCACUCCAAAUGCUGAUUCUACAAACACUAGUCCAGAGCAUCAGCCUGCAGACUCGUGGGAAGAAGCAGCAGUUGAUGGAGAACCUUUGUUAACUCCUGAAAAUGAAGAGGCAGAAAAUGAUAUUGAAGAUGAUGAAGAACUGGUAGUUAAGGUGCCAAAGAAAAAGCCUGUUAAAGUUGCUGAAGAUACAAAGAGUAAAAAGGAGCAUGUUAAUGUUGUUUUUAUUGGUCAUGUUGAUGCCGGCAAAUCAACCAUUGGUGGUCAAAUUAUGGCUUUGACUGGUAUGGUAGACAAGCGUACACUGGAGAAAUAUGAACGUGAAGCUAAGGAACGCAGUCGUGAGACUUGGUAUUUGAGUUGGGCUCUAGAUACCAAUCAAGAAGAACGUGAAAAAGGUAAAACCGUUGAAGUUGGCCGGGCCUACUUUGAAACGGACCGAAAGCAUUUCACAAUUCUCGACGCUCCGGGCCACAAGAGUUUCGUGCCUAAUAUGAUUGGUGGAGCUGCUCAAGCUGAUUUAGCUGUACUGGUAAUCUCAGCUCGUAAAGGUGAAUUUGAAACGGGCUUUGACCGAGGUGGCCAAACGAGAGAACACGCCAUGUUAGCCAAAACGGCUGGUGUCAAACAUCUAGUUGUGCUUGUCAACAAAAUGGAUGAUCCAACUGUCGAAUGGGAUGAAGCAAGAUACAACGAAUGCAAAGAUAAAAUAUUACCGUACUUGCGUAAGUUGGGUUUCAAUCCAGCCAAAGAUCUUACAUUCAUGCCGGUUUCGGGACAACUUGGAAUUGGAUUGAGUAGCCCAAUACCCAGAGAAAUCUGUAAUUGGUACGAUGGUCCAGCAUUUAUACCUUUCAUUGAUUCCUUGCCCUCGUUAAAUCGCAAGAGCAGUGGUCCAUUCAUAAUGCCUAUUGUUGAUAAGUACAAGGAUAUGGGCACCGUUGUUAUGGGUAAAGUAGAAGCAGGUGAAGCUAAAAAGGGACAUCCACUUCUUGUAAUGCCCAAUAGAACACAAGUAAUUGUGGACCAACUUUGGUCCGACGACGAAGAAGUCACGUCUGUUGGACCAGGAGAAAAUGUGAAAAUUAAAAUCAAGGGUAUUGAAGAGGAGGAGGUUAGUCCUGGAUUUGUGCUUUGUGACAGCAUCAAACCCAUAAAGACUGGCAAAGUCUUUGACGCUCAAGUCGUUAUCCUCGAACACAAGAGUAUAAUCUGUGCUGGUUACAGUGCCGUGAUGCACAUUCAUUGUGCUGCUGAAGAAAUCACGGUUAAAACUCUAAUCUGUUUGGUGGAUAAAAAAACAGGUGACAAGAGCAAGACGCGGCCGAGGUUUGUUAAACAGGACCAGGUUGCGAUUAUGCGAAUUGAGUGCGCUGGAGUUAUUUGCCUUGAACAAUUUAAACUAUUUCCUCAAAUGGGUAGAUUCACACUCAGAGACGAAAAUAAAACAAUUGCCAUUGGCAAGGUGCUGAAGGUAGUUGAAUAAACAAUUUUCAUCGUUUCAUCAAAUAAUAAAAAGAACAUUAUAACAGUGUUAUGAAAAAUGUGAAAGCAACGAUGGGAAGCCGCACUUCAUGUAAUACUAUGACAAAGAAACAGUAUACUACAAAUUUUUAACAAUAAAUAAAUAAGGCGAUUACUCGCGAAACACCGUCAUACUGUAAACACAUUAAAAUAAAGUACACUGUCGCGUACGCACUAUACAACACUCGACACCAAUUUAUACCUUCGUGUGCUGAUGAGAUUUUUUAUCGGACUUGGCAAAGGUAUACAUACGUGAACUAUUUAUUAUAUUUACGAAGAGAUAGUAUGAAAAGAACGCCGAAAUCUAAUCUAUUUUAGUCGUGUCUAGAGGGUUCAUCAAAAAACGACUGAUCAAUUACUCAAAAAUACAUACUUUCUGAGGCAACGAGUGAUAUAUCUUUAAAAGAAUUAUAAAUUUUACAGUACUUGUGAAGUAUAUAAACGUUUUUUCACGUGCGAAGGUGAAUUGUUUUUUUGAGAGUUUCGCAAGUUAAUGCGGGUAAAGUAAAGUAACUUUGAUGCAUAAAAGAAUGAUUAUUGUGAAGGAUUUAUUAUUAUUAUUAUUAACAUUAUUGUAUUGAUUAUGUUGUAUCACAAUUUGGUGAGUUAAAAGAGCGGGUCCCCUCGGAUAAACUUUACUACACAUGCAAUUUAUAAAUAUUUGAAUUAUUUUUAUAAUAUGAUGAUGAUUAUAACUAUUAAUUAUUAUUGUACUGUUUCUUAUUUUAUUGUCAUUAAAAGCAAAUAUGAGAAGGAGAA